UUCAUAUUAUAAAUUAGCUCAAGUUCCGGUUCCUCUUUGUUCCUCUCUUGAUUUGUCUCCUAACAAUGGAGCAUACAGAAUCAAGAUUUAUUAGAGGAUUCUACCUGCCCCCCGAUAACCCCCAACCAACCAGUGCAGUGGGAACCGGAGCAAACAGCCAAUCCGCCCAAGUGGCAAGAACCAGAGAAACCAGAGAAACAAAUGCAAAGAGAGCAGAGAAUUUCGGAGCCGUUGCUAUCGCCUUAGAUGUCGCAUCGAGAGUUCUUGAUGAUAUUGCAAGAUCUAGAGCAAGAGUCACCUCGAAGAGAUCAACAGAGAAUGUAGUUCCUGAUAUAGAUAUCUGUAACUACAACCUGCUUGAUUUGAACGAUGACAACAGCGUUACCAAGGAAGAACUGGAUAUUCUGAUUCAAAGCACAGGACGAGUGGAAUUGGAGGAACUAUAUGAAAGCCUGGACCAGAAUAAUGACGGUAUAGUAGCACAGGAGGAGUACAUGAAAUUGUAUGAAGAUAUCUGCAAUGGAGAUUUGGAAGGAGCAGAUACCCAACAAAAGGACGAAUAAGAAGUCA